AUGAUUUUAACACACAUAAUUAUUUUAAUUACUACUCUUACAAUUAAUUGCACGCUAUAUAAUAAACAUCUAAGGAGCCACUACACCAGGGAUUCCAAUAAUAAAAGGCAAAAAUACUCAUUAAUGAUUGAUCGCGCACAAUGUGAUUAUAGCAUUUAA